AUGACUGGGUUUUGGUUAACUGUGCACUAUCUUGAUCAAGAUUGGGUGUUGCAAAAGAAGCUUCGGAAUUUCUGUCCUCUUCCACCACCUCAUACAGCUCUUAUUGUAAAAGAAGGACUUAAGAAGAUUGAUCCAGCCGUGCUUAAGAUAAGAGCGCCAGUGAAGUCCCUUAAAAAGUCCCAAGUAAGAAAACAAAAGUUCUUGGACAUUGUUGAUACUUUAGGAAUGUCUGGAAUAAAAAGGGGUAUUCGUCAAGACGUAAAGACAAGGUGGAAUUCAACUUAUCUUAUGUUAGAUAGUUGUAUCCUGUGUAAGCCAGUUUUCUCUUAUUUGAAGUUGGUAGAUUCAGACUAUGAAGACUGUCCAACUGAUGAAGAAUGUGAACAAAUUGAAAAUCAAGUUCAGGUGUUACUAAAGAAAGAAAGUAGAAAUGAUACUGAAUUCAUUAGGAACAUGGUAAAAGAGAUGCAAGCAAAAUUUGAUAGUUAUUGGAAGGAGUUGAGUCCUAUAUUGGCUAUGGCAGUUGUGUUAGAUCCUAGAUCGAAAAUGAAUUUUGUGAAAUUUACUUACUCCAAGUUGUAUCCUGAGGUGAGAGAAUUAGAACGUGAAGUUAAUAAAGUGCGUAGUAAUAUGACAACACUUUUUAAUGAGUAUUACACCUUGUCAAGUUCAAGAGCUUCCAAUAGUUGUGCAACUCAGAAUUUGGGUAUUCAAAAUGGUGGGAAUUCUGCUGCCGAAGAAGGGGGUGAUUUUUUUCAGGAAUAUGUUGCAACACAGGAACGUGGUGGUGAUGUACUUACUGACUUGUCAGAGUUAGAUGAAUAUCUUGGCGAGUCGUACAGGGGUUGUCUAAAUUCACCACUCGACAUCCUAAACUAUUGGAAGAACCAUGAACAACGAUUUCCGGAAAAGAAGAUAUGGAUGAGAACAAUGGGAUUAUUGAAGAAGAUGUAUUAG